AUGGAGAAAUUUACAACUCUGAACAUGAAUUUGGUCUCAAGUAACUCUGCCACACAGUUUCAGAGUGAAAGAUCCGAAUUUCCUUUUGGAUCUAACUGUCUCGAAAGUUUACAAAGGCAGAGUUUUGGCAUGGAGCAGUUUUCUUUGUUAGCGAGAGGAAACGUUCCAACAAGCGGUAGGUAGAUCGGGUCUCUGAUCUUUUCAUAGUAAAUGUUGAGAUAGUAAAAAAAAAUUCAGAUCGGCAUAAUCUGGCUAUUUGGUUUUUUCGGGAUCUGAGCAACUUACGGUUGGUGUUGGACGCCCUUGUAAUAUUUUCCAAAUUGCAAACUGCUAGUCCGAUAAAAAAUAGACCGAGUUCUUGAUUUGUGAUUAUUUUGGAUUGUUUAGACGCGAAAUAUUCGUAAUAUUCAUCGAUUUUCAUAAGAAUAAGAUUUUCCCAGUACUUAAAAUGUGGAAGUCUACUUAUAGAAGCAGACGGUAUGUGUCGCCCAUGGUUUAGAAACGUCUCCAAGGCCGAGUGGACGAGAGUUCUUGAAGAAAUUAAAAAAAGUCUUAGUUCAAAUCUAUCAGGAAAUACAUUGCUAUUUAUUUCUCUUGUUUACUACUGUAAAAAUAAAAUCAAAAUAGAAUACUUUUCUUGGCAGCGAAUUGCAGAUUGAAUAGUAGCUGAGCCGCUGUUAAAGCAAAACUUUUGUUAUAAUUCUAUAUAAAAUCUUAAUCUUUCCUUUAAAGAUCUACUAUUACGACUUUGUCUGUCUUUUCUUUUUUCAUUGAGAUGGUAAAUUUGAUUUCAAAACAGGCGAAGUUUUAAAUAUUAUGAAAAAUCUUCUCGUCAAGUCAGUUCCAGAGCAGCUUACAUGUUUUUAAAAAAGAAAAAAGAAUGUUAAAAAACAUUUUUAAUCGUAAAAUGUGACUUUGAGAGCAAUUUUUACAAUUUCAUGGGAUGAUUUUAUAGUUCGUUUCAAUAUACUAUUUUUGCUCCUUUGAAGCUAAUACUCUGCUCAUUAGAAGUUUCAUAAUCGAUGAGAUACUUCCUUUCCUGCGUGUUUAAAUGCUCAUUUCCGAUGAUUUAAUUUCAUUUAAUUCUUUUCUUAAUUGCCACAGGAAAUUUCAUCUCACACGGCGAUGAAAUCGACUGGACCGGUGAGAAACCAAAACGCAUGCGCCCGAUUUUUACCGUGGAACAGCUGGAGCGCCUGGAGCGAGAGUUUACACGCCAGCAAUACAUGGUGGGAGGGCAACGGUUUUAUCUGUCAAAAGAGCUUGGAUUGACAGAAACUCAGGUCACAGUUUGGUUUCAAAAUCGUCGAAUAAAAUGGAGGAAACAGCUCAUAGAGCAAGAAAGGAAUAAGGUCAGGCAACAGAAGGAGCCAGACGCUGGCGGCAACAUAAAGACAGAAGACGUCAAUAACUGA